UUCCUUGGCGCAUGCGCAACUGGAUACGAGCGGCUCUUUUCGUCUUCUGCUGCUUGUUUCCCCACAGCUGUUUCCCGGUGCCUCGCUGCUGCAGUAAUGGCGGCCUGGCCCGGCGGCCUCUCCGGGGCGAUACUUCUGUUGCUGGCAUCCUCCGCCAGCUCGUUGGCUUCGGAGGUGACCAGCGGCGGCACAGAAACCCUCGGCAGUGGCGAACGGUUCAAGAUCGAGGGUCGCGCGGUGGUGCCGGGAGUGAAGCCUCAAGACUGGAUUGCGGGGGCCCGAGUACUUGUGGACGGAGAGGAGCAUGUCGGAUUCCUCAAGACAGAUGGAAGCUUUGUUGUUCAUGAUAUUCCUUCUGGGUCAUAUGUAGUUGAAGUUAUAUCUCCAGCUUAUAAAUUUGAACCAGUGCGAGUGGACAUCACUUCAAAAGGGAAAAUGAGAGCCAGAUUUGUGAAUUACAUUAAAACAUCAGAAGUAGUCCGAUUGCCAUACCCUCUUCAGAUGAAAUCUUCAGGACCUCCUUCUUACUUCAUAAAGAGAGAAUCUUGGGGAUGGACAGACUUCUUAAUGAAUCCCAUGGUUAUGAUGAUGAUCCUUCCAUUGCUGAUAUUUGUACUGUUGCCUAAGGUGGUCAAUACCAGUGAUCCUGACAUGAGGCGGGAAAUGGAGCAAUCCAUGAAUAUGUUGAAUUCUAACCAUGAACUACCUGAUGUGUCUGAGUUCAUGACAAGACUCUUCUCUUCAAAAUCUUCUAGCAAGUCCAGUGGUGGUAGCAGUAAAACAGGGAAAAGUGGUGCAGGAAAAAGGAGGUAGUUAUAUCUUCCCCUGGAACCACAAAUUGCACAGUUCUGUAGUAUGGUAUAAUUUGUAUGUUCUGUAGAAGAACAAAAAAAAUGCUACUGUAAUCUUAAUCCAAUGUAAAAUUGGAGAUGAUAUGUGUAUUGCGUAUGAUGUAACUUUUUAAUCCAUUUAAAUACCUUGUACCUUAAACACAUGGGUAUAUUUCCGUUCCAUCUAUGUAAAGGCAGUACUGAUGAUGAGUUAAUUCCUUUGUAGAUAAUGCUAUUAAAGAAUUUAAAUUAUGUGAAA